GUAAAGUCAACAUUCUUUUUUUUUUUGUAUUAUUUCGUCGUGCCCACGCGCUGCGUUUCGUUCAGAACCGCACGCGUUUUCUAGGCGACCUGUCACCUGUCAGUUGAAGCACGACACGCGUACACAGAUCGCGCAUUUUCUACCGGAGCUUGAUCAUCCGAGCGUUGGUUGUUUCAUUCAUAAUUGUCGACGGUAAUCGUUGUGAACAGUCGAUAUGGAUGAUUGCAGCGUCGAGUUGGAUCAGGAGACCGGAUUGUACUGCACGCUGCGCCUGUUUACCGGGGUCACAAACACCCCGGAGAUACGCGAGAAGCUCGUCGCCGGACAGCUGCGCUGUUGCAUGAUGAAGGCUUCCCUCGUGGUUGAUGCCCUCCAGGCGGUGGUGGCCGCCAAUAAGGCUGCCCUCAGCGCGAAGCGAGGUCAACUGAUCACGAGGACCGUGUACACGGAGAUUCUGUUCUACCUCUCCAUGUCGAAGAACAUAUCUCGUUCCCUGGCUGAGUUUGGUAUUGGGACCAAUGACAGAAACAUUUUGGCGAUAUUGAUACACAAGCCUGGCGAGGAGCUCUCCAUGCUAGAGGAGGUCUCGAGCAAUAUCGAGGGGGAGAGCAUACCAAUUUCAAGGCUGCAGAAGUUCACGGACGUGAAUCUGAUCAGAAAGACUUAUAAGAUCGACGAGGAUGAAUUGCGCAUCUCCAGUCUCACUGAUGCAGUUGUCUCGAGGAUCAGUUGUAAGGAGUUUGUAUUAUCGAAAUAGGAAGGCCCAACGAGCAGAUGGUAGCGAAAGAUGUCUGUACAUCUGUGUCAAUUAUUACUAAUGAUAAGAAAGAAACUUUAUUUAUGGAAUAUGAAUAUAUUAAGUAAACGGAUAUGUUUCAACA